ACUCAUAUCAGCACUUGACUUUAGACGGACGCAGCAGCAGCAAACAUGUCUCGUUUCGUUGCCCGUUCCUUCGUAGUGGUUUCUCGGCAUGCAACUGCCAGAUCCGUGGUGUCACCGAGGAGGAUCCCGGCAUUCAUCCGUCCUGUUUCCACAUCUCAAGGCCUGCGGUCACUCACCCGUUAUAACGAGACUACAGACUGGCAAAAGAAACUGACCCCAGAACAGUAUGUAGUCACCAGAGAGAAAGGGACUGAGAUGCCCUUUAGUGGGAUCUACCUUACCCAUUCUGAAGUUGGGAUGUACCACUGUGUCUGCUGUGAUAGUCCACUUUUCAGUUCAGAGGCAAAAUAUGACUCGGGGACGGGCUGGCCUGCAUUCAAAGAGGCUCAUGGGACAUGGGAGCGGGAUGAAAGCCAUGCCUCCAUCAUUCGUCGCCCUGACAACAGCCUGGGUAGUGCUGAGACAGAGGUUCUUUGUAAAAAUUGUGAUUCCCACCUGGGUCAUGUGUUUGAUGACGGACCAGAUCCGACUGGCCAGCGGUUCUGUAUCAACAGCGUGGCCCUCACGUUUAAACCCAGAGAAGACAUCAAACCUGACAUGGAGGGGAAGGAGUAGUACCUGGACUGAAAACACUAUGAAGUUUCACUUCAAACAAGUCCAUUUAGGACGCAAAAUGAAGGACCACCUAAAUGCCAUUCCAUGGUUUUGACCUAAACAGGUUUGCAAGUGAGAAGCUUUCUGUGGGGAAAGGUGUCUUAAUUAUUGAAUUUGAAAUGGAAGAGCACAUCCUUGUGUUUAUUAAACUGGCAAAGAAUUAAGCUCAGUCUCUUGUAAGUGACAGUGGAUAUAUAUACUGAAGGAACGUCCAUAUACAAAACAUACUGUACAUUAUUCACAUAAACUCAAACUGCAGACCAUCAGCUUCUUCAAUUGAGAUACUUCGCAAAAAGAAGUCACUGUAUUACUUGUUUUUAUUAUUCACUACGAUUUGUUGAGCUGGUAAUUUUGAUUCAAAACUGAAAUUGUGAAUGUCUUCAUGUCAGAAUCAGAAAUGGCAUAUUGCUAAGUACUGAUAACUGAUACUAGAAAUGUUACUUGGUGAUUGGUGCAUAACAUUAAACAGUGCAACAGUAUAAUAACAUGUUAAAAAAUUAAGAAUAUGUAAUAUACAAUAAAAUCUGAAAAACAAAUAUAUAAAAA